AUGUCUUCCAGGAGCACCAGCUCUGACAGCUGUGCUCCAGAGUCCUCAGAAUCAUCUCGUAUCCACACCAGCCAGAGAAGCAAUGGGCCGGAAAAGAAAACGAAGGAGAAGCAAGGCUUCACAGCAACUCUGAAAGCGCUAUGGGCCAAGACAGAGUUGGAUAAACAAACCGUAUUGAUGAUGAUCAAGGGUGCCAUUCCGCCCACAAUCUCGGUAGCAAUCUACCAAUCGACGCCAGUGGCCAAUACCUUCACUACCCUGGGCUAUUUUAUCUACAUGAUUAACACCGUGAGAGCGAAAUAUCCUCAAUUCAACCUCCCAGUCAUUAUGUAUUCCAUGGUGGCCAAUGUUUCGACGACAUAUGCUCCUCAAUUCGGGACCAUGUCGGUAGGCAUCACAUUUUUGAGACACCUCAUGGGGGCAUUCUUCACUGGUUUGGCGAUCUCGACAGGCGUAUCCUUCUUGAUCUUUCCUGUCACGUCCAGGCAGGUAGUUUUUAGGCAGAUGACGGCAUACAUCGGGGCCCUGCGCGGUGCGCUGAAGGCCCACGGGGCAUAUUUUGAAUCCAUGGAGCGGAAGGAUAUGUUUGGGCGGGUCGAAACCUACGAUAUGAAGACAGAGAAGAGAGGGAAGCAUGGAAAGAAGAUCUACAGCCCCGAAGCGGAAGCUAUCAAGACCGCAGUGAGCAAAAUCGGUGACCUUCAUGGGAGGCUUCAUGGAGAACUUCCCUUUGCCAAGCGUGAAAUCGCUCUAGGGAACCUGGGCCCUGAGGAUCUGAGUGAGUUGUUUGGACAGUUACGACGAACAAUGGUCCCUAUUGUCGGGCUCGGUUCUGUUGUUGAUAUCUUCGAACGGUUGUCAGAGUAUAAUAAGUGGAACAAGCCGCUCGAAGAUGGACACGAUCUGGAUAUCCAUUCGGACGCCACGCGACAGCGAAUCGUCCAUGAGUGGAAUGACAUCAUGAGGGCGGUCCACGAACCGUUCGCGCAUAUAAUUCAAGUCAUGGAUGAAGGAUUACAACACGUCACAUACCGACUAAGACUGGCCAAACCACCAAAGAAGAAGGCUUCUCCUCAGCCGACCACAGCUGAGGAUGCCAAGGAUGUGGAGGCUACGGCUGCUGCCACCGCACCGGGAGAUGAUGGCUUUGCAGAGUAUCUAGAAAUGAAGAGCGAUGAGUUCUACAGAGGAAAACUCGUUGCGUUACGGGUCUGGUGCCAAGAGAAAGGGAUUAAGGUACCCCCCGACUUCUUUGAGCACCCAGAAAAUGUUUCAAUCUCGAUUCCCGAGGAUAUCAACUUGGGUCUCACCCGGGAACGAAACGAGCGACAGCUGUAUCUUUUACUCUACAUGGAGCAUUUGCUCUACUCUGCAAGUCGCGCCAUUCUGGAUUUUGUUCGGUUUGCCGACGCCAAGGCGGCGAGCGGAAAGGUGUCGAGAACGAGACUCAUCAUUCCGGGCAAUAAACGCUUGAAGAAAUGGGUUCUGAGCGCCUUCAAAGUCCAGGACGGUCAUGACGACGAUGACAUUGGAGAUAUCCACAGCCAGAGCGUCGUUCUGUACCUUGGUGAGGCCUACAAAACCAGGAAAGAUCCUGAGCAUCUGCCUCCUGAGAACACAAUGCAGAAGAUAGGCGACUGGAUCCGUCUUAUUCCGCGUCUUCUGCGCUCAUCCGAGUCCGCCUUUGGCUUUCGAGUUGCGUGCGCCACCAUGUCCGUUGCCAUCAUUGAUUUGCUUCACGACACGCAGCCGUUCUUCGUCCGACAGCGACUUCUCUGGGCAAUGAUAAUGGUGGCUAUCAGCAUGUCACCUACGGCCGGGCAAAGCAUAGCCAGUUUUGUGCUUCGAGUACUCGGGACCGUUAUCGCCAUAGUAGGCACAUUCCUAAUCUGGUAUAUCCCCGAUGGGAAAACGCCCGGGGUGAUCGUCUUUCUGUUUCUGUAUGUGGCUAUUGCUUAUUACAUUCCAAUCAAAAAACCACGCUAUACGAUGAUGGGCAUGAUUAAUAUCGUCACCGUGACAAUGAUCGUCGGGUACGAGCUGGAGGUUCGCAAGGUGGGCGAGAAGGUCGCGACGUCGAACGGACAGGACUACUAUCCAAUAUACCUGCUGGCGCCCUACCGACUAGCGAUUGUGGCCGGUGGACUUGCGGUGGCCUUCAUCUGGACAGUGUUCCCAUUUCCGAUCUCGGAACACUCCGUGCUCCGGAAGAGCCUUGGAGCGUCACUGUAUCUGUUGGCCAACUACUAUUCAAUCAUCCAUGAGACCGUCACUGCACGUGCUCGCGGGGAUGAGGGAGACAUGACGUUGAAGACGUCGGCCGGACGGCGACUGGAAAAGGCGCGCCAUCGCGUGUACGCCAAGCAGAUCCUGAUGUUGAGCAGUCUCCGGACAUAUUCUGAUUUCCUAAAGUGGGAAGUCCCGAUUGGGGGGCGCUUCCCCAAGCGGCAGUACGACACCAUCAUCGCAUGUGUGCGAAACAUUGUCAAUUAUGUCACGCUGGUGGAAUACGCGUCCAAAACGUUUGCGCAGAUGAGCGACCGCGCACACGAAUCCGAGUCAGCCUGGUAUCAAGACUUCAAAAGCCUGAUGGUCACGGCCAAUCUUACGACGCACGAGAUCACCUCCCUUCUGUCGCUGCUGUCAGCCAGCAUCAUGAACCAGCAGCCGCUGCCGCCGUAUCUGAAGACACCACGGCCGUACGCGUUCUCUGAAAAGCUGAAGGAGCUCGACAAGGACAUCCUCAGCAUCAGCCACAGCGCUGAACCGGGCUAUGCGGCGUUUUCCGUGCUGCAGGUGUCGACGCGCUGCAUCAUAGGCGAUCUGGAGAAGUUGAUUGCGGUUGCCUGUCCAGCAACGUCCGGUCGCUUGUCGGAGAACUGGAUUUCUCCUUCCACGCCGUGA